AUGACUGGAGAGGAUGAGAUUUGGAAAGGGAUGCUUCAAGCUAGGUAUGGUAAUUUGAGAGAUAGGCUAUGGAAUUUUACUGACUGUUGUGCUAGCCCGAAAGAUACAAUGUGGUGGAGGGACAUCUUGGAGAUUUGUAGAGAUCCAUUAGGAAUUUUGAAUAAUCUCACGGAAAUUGGUGUUAAUAAUGGAAGUGUGGGAAGCAAGGGGGUUUGGCAUCCAGCAGGGUGGCGGUGGAGGGUUAAAAGUGGGUUUGAGAUCUUGGGGUGGGAGGCUUCGGAGGAACUAGAAGAGCCGAACAUGAUGUUGUUAGGUAUUUCUCCUACGGCGAACAUAACAGAUUUGGUAAUCUGGCCUUUCGAUAGCUUUAAAGGUUUUACUGUGAAACCUAUGUAUGCUAUCCUCAAUCAGGUUUCAAGUGAAGCAGGCGUGGAACCAAGGAGGAAUUUGGGAUUUAGAACCAUUUCGGAAGCUUCCAUUCCGUCGAAAUUAAAAUUUUUCGAUUGGAGGCCUUUAUUGGACAGGUUACCUACAAGGAAACAACUUUUUAGAAGAGGUGUCAUUCUCCUUCAACAAGAGGCCAGGUGCGCAUUUUGCCUAUCAGAACAAGAAAAUUUCAAUCAUUUUUUGCUGUUCUGUCCACUGUUGAAAACUCUUUGGAUAAAGUUGCAAGGCUGGUUACAUUUUGAUUUGGAAGAGGAUGUAGAAGACUGUCUCCGAUUUCAGUUAACUUGGAAGGCAAGAACGGCGGGGAAUCCAACAAGGGGUAGGUUAGGACCCUUAUGGCUAACGAUUUUUUGGGCUAUUUGGAAGCAUAGAAAUGAUAUUCUCUUCAAUAAUUCCGUUGUCGAUACCGAUGAAAUUUUCUUUAUGACGAUGUGGUAUUCAUGGUGGUGGCUUGCAAUUGUUUCAAAGGACAUAAUUAGGUGUAAUUUGUUCGAAUGGAUUCAAAAUUCGUUCCUUUGUAGUCAACUUUUAGUUGGUGUCUGGCGCUGGGUUUGUUUCUUGUAA